GAGGUAAGUGGCUGUUGAAGUCGGGCGGACCCGGAAUCCAGAGGAAACAGGACCAUGACUUAUGCUUAUCUCUUCAAAUACAUUAUCAUCGGGGACACAGGUGUGGGGAAGUCAUGUCUCCUCCUGCAGUUUACAGACAAGCGGUUCCAGCCUGUCCACGACCUCACAAUAGGUGUGGAGUUUGGGGCCCGUAUGGUCAACAUUGAUGGAAAACAAAUCAAACUACAAAUCUGGGAUACGGCUGGGCAAGAAUCCUUCCGUUCUAUCACCCGUUCCUACUACAGGGGAGCAGCUGGAGCACUGCUGGUGUAUGACAUCACAAGGCGUGAAACCUUCAACCACCUGACCUCAUGGUUAGAGGAUGCCAGGCAACACUCUAGCUCCAACAUGGUUAUCAUGCUGAUUGGAAAUAAGAGUGACUUAGAGUCCCGCAGGGAUGUGAAGAGAGAAGAAGGCGAGGCCUUUGCUCGUGAGCAUGGACUUAUAUUCAUGGAAACUUCAGCCAAAACAGCCUGCAAUGUUGAAGAGGCCUUCAUUAACACAGCCAAAGAAAUAUAUAGGAAGAUCCAGCAGGGUUUAUUUGAUGUCCACAAUGAGGCAAAUGGCAUCAAGAUCGGUCCUCAACAGUGUAUUUCAACAUCAGUUGGACCCAGCACCUCCCAGCGGAACUCUGGUGAUACAGAGUCCAACUCUGGCUGCUGCUGAACAUCUGACCUGGACUCUUUUUUCCCUUCCUGGAACAGCUUCAGAUCAAUAGGCUUAAAGAAAGAGGUCUUACUUUGGCUGAGAAAAGCCUAUUUUCAAGGUGUGAUAUUUUGCCUUUCCACUUAAAGACCAGGGGAGAAUUUGGGCCCUUACUGAACUGUCCCUUCUUCAGGGACAUGAGAAUUACCUAUAGAUUAGGGCUCUUCUUAGCCUCCUGUUUUAAUUUCUAAAAUGUUAGGAUAAAAGUUGACUGUCCUGGCAAUUAAAAAAUAAAUUAUUUUAGAAGUAUACAUAAUAUGCUCCCCACCAGGAAUUAGUAACAAGGGUCUGGCACGUUCGGCUUAAGCACUUGAGGUUACUGGGAUCUGGCUAGCUCCUCAGUCUAGGAGCCUUACUGAGUUUUUCCACAUGCCACUUUGCAGUUCCUUCUUCUUGAACUGCUCAAGGAUGCUGAAUACUUUUCUACCAUUCUAUUACUAGUUUCCCUGUCUUAGAGUAACUACAAAACUUUUGAGAAUAGUGGAGUUGCUCCUGGACCUGUGGCCACUUAUUAUCAUCACCUAAAGAAAACAUCUUUCCCUCUUUAUUUUGUUUUAGGGACCAGACCUAACAUUGCAGUGUCUCUCACUGAAUAGACCCCUAUUGUUUCAUCACAUUCACUUCUUAACGAGACCUGUUGAGACUUUUUAUUCUAAUCAAGCUAAUCUGCUUACUUACCGGACAUCAUAUUUACUUCCACGUCUAUGCCUUUGCACAUGUCCUACUCUCUGCUAACAUUAUACUCCAAGUCCAAAAUUUUUUCCUUCAAAAAGUCUUCUUUGACUGACCUAGGGACUUCUAAACAAUUAUUGAUACAGGACCCCUUAGCUUUCAUAUGUUGUUUAUUCAGAUGUAUAUUUAUUUGUAUUUAUGUUGCUUUGUAAAUAUGUUUUAUAGUUGUUUUGUGUGUGGAAUUUGUGUCCCCACAUAAGUUGUAAGCUCCUUGAGAGCAGGGACCACAUUAUCCUGAUACUUUUGUAAAUCACUCCCUCCAUCAUUCCUUCACAGUGCCUAGUGUUAUUUAUGUGGUCAUUGAAUUUAACUGACAUACUUAAAGACUUGGAACAAGUCUAUUUUAAACUUCAGAGGAAACAAAAGUCAUCUAUUUCUAACUCUAUCUCAGUCUCUUCCAUCUGUGUACCCUGGGUUAUCCUAUAUUGCUCUUUUCCCUCUCCUCUCUUUUCCUCCCCUAGCUCUAUGCUUCCAUUCCAUGAAGUGUACAGUAAGGCUGUCUGCUUCUAAGCAGUCUAAUAAGUGGGUAUUUCUCCAGCCAUCCUCAUUUUCAUGAGCAUAUAUAAUACUAUCCUAGCCAAAUUUGCCUUUGCUUCCCUCAUCAUUUGGUCUUCUGGGUCAGUUGCUGUAUCUUUUUGCUGUGAUGUCCCAUACUACUACACAGUACUGAGGUCUCAUGAAUUUUUCUAAAUUUUUUUGUUGUUGGUGGUGAAUUGUUUCAUUAUUAAAUAUAUGCAUGUAUCCAA